AUGAGGAAUCCGUCGUCGUCGGGAGGGACGAAGACCCCGUGCUGCAUCAAGGUGGGGCUGAAGCGGGGGCCGUGGACGCCGGAGGAGGACGAGCUCCUCGCCGGCUACAUCAACCGCGAGGGGGAGGGCCGGUGGCGCACCCUCCCCAAGAGGGCCGGCCUCCUCCGCUGCGGCAAGAGCUGCCGCCUCCGCUGGAUGAACUACCUCCGCCCCUCCGUCAAGCGCGGCCAGAUCGCCCCCGACGAGGAGGACCUCAUCCUCCGCCUCCACCGCCUCCUCGGCAACAGGUGGUCUUUGAUAGCUGGGAGAAUCCCAGGACGGACUGACAAUGAGAUCAAGAACUACUGGAACACUCACCUGAGCAAGAAGCUCAUCAGUCAAGGGAUCGAUCCGAGGACACACAAGCCGCUCAAUCCAGAAACCCAGAACUCCAGCAGCAAUCCUCCGGCGAAAGCUCCUUCUGCCAAACCGGCACCUCGCCCCCGAAGCCCUAACCCUAGCCCCAUCUCUUCCGGCCUCGAAGAAACCAGCAGCGGCAGCCCAGCCAUCAUCAAAGUAAAUGAUCAGCUCCAAAGUGCGAAUAACAUGGAGGCUGUGUACCAAAAUGGGACUGCGGCGGCUCACGGCGGCCAAGCUGGUUAUUUGCCGGGUGCCGAGCAUUACCAUGUGAUGGGCUUGAGAAGCAGCCACCACGGACUGUCUAACGAGGAGGAGGAGGACCUCAACUGCGGCGGGGACGAUGUGUUCUCCUCGUUCCUGAACUCUCUGAUCAACGAGGAAGCAUUCCCGAUCCAGCACCAGCUACAACAACAGGCAAUCGGGUCCUCAUCGGAUUCGGAUCCCAUGGCUGCAGCACCUGUUUUCGGGAUAGGCACUGGCUGGGAAUCUGCAAUCAUGUCUUCGGUGAUUAAUCAAGACAAUAAUAGCAGGAGGGUGAAUGAACAGGUUAAAUAGCAGCAUAUGUAUAUCCCGAGUUGGAGAGUACUACCUAUCAGCUGCCAUAAACUAUGAGGUCUCUCAAGGGUUUGGAAUGUCAUUCUAUGUGUGUUGUGCCGAUUCUUGUUUAAUCUCUUCAAUCAGCUGCUUAUUUAUCACGGCUGAUUUGUUGUAAUGGUGUGUGUUAUUUGAUGUAAACAAACCUUGCACUCAGUAUUGUACUUAUUUGAUAUAUAAAGAUGCGUGUUGAUAUGCCAAA